AUGCUCAAUCAGCAACAUGUAUCAGGCCCUGCGAAUGAAAGUAUUCUUGAAUUUGGUACAGGGGCUUCGAUCGAUGGAACUUUUCGUUCUGUAGGGGCUUUCGAUGAACAAGGUCUUGUAGCGAUGCCCCAUACCUUGAACUUUAUUGAGGCUGCCACACUCACAUGCGCUGGUAUCACUGCUUGGAAUGCGCUCUUUGGGCUAACGGGAAACCGGCUCAUGCCAGGACAAUGGGUCCUCACCCAAGGGACAGGUGGGGUUAGUAUCUUUGCCCUUCAAUUUGCCAAAGCCACUGGUGCUAGGGUGAUUGCGACUACUAGUUCACCUGACAAGGUUGAGCUGCUCAAAGGCCUUGGGGCCGACUAUGUCAUCAACUAUCGCCAGACCCCUAAUUGGGGCUCUGUAGCAAAAGGGCUCACUGGAGGCUCCGGUAUUGAUAUUGUUGUUGAUGUAGCUGGUGCUACAACGCUCAAACAGAGCGCAGAUAGUGUCAAAGUCGAGGGUCUUAUCUGUGUGGUCGGCAUCGUGGGUGGUGAUGGUGAAGCUGGUGAGAUCCCCACAUUGCUGGACGCGUGGAAAAGUAGCUAUACAGUGAGGGGUAUCUUGGUCGGUAGUAGAAUGCAGAUGGAAGAGAUGUGUAGAGCUAUUGAUGGAAACCCGACCCUCCGUCCUUUUGUUGAUCCCCACACCUUCAAGCUCGACCAGCUCAAGGAGGCCUAUGAGUAUUUAUCUUCCGGAAAUAAUCAAGGAAAGGUUGGAAUUGACAUACUGUAA